UGGUAUCGGUGCUUUCGUGUAAAGGUACAAAGAAUUUCGAAUUCAUUCAUUUUCCUGUUAUAAUUGUUGACAUUUGAAAAUAGUUACACAUAUAAUUUGUCUAUAAGUCUUAUUGGAAUAAUUUUUAGCAUGGAAGCAUGUAAAUUUUCUUUCCAUCGAAAUUAUCGCUUCAUAUAUGCAAGUUCCUUGCAUUAUUACGAGGUACAACAGUAGAACAUCGAGUCGUAUAUACACCGUAGACAUAUAUGUAUAAAUAAGGGUUUAUUUACCUUCAUAUAAUGACUGUGCUCAGAGUCAUAAAAUAGAGUUCUGGAGCGUUUAUUGUAUGUGCAACUGGAAUCUAAUUCCAUAAUGAGAGGCCGUGGUCGUGGUCGAGCUCGUAGUCGUGGGAGAGGAAGAGGAUCUCGUGGUCGGGGAAAGAAAGCUGUCAAGGUUAUAGAAAGUGAUGAGGAGGAAGUACCGUUGCAGACAGGAGAAGAAGUUCAAGAAACUAACGAUGAAAAUCAGCAGCCUCCAAAAAUUGAUUUGGAGGCAGAUAUAUCUCAGUUGGAGGCUCCGACUUUUACGACAAUUAACCGUGGGCCCCCUGAGCCUAUGCUUCGUCUUCGUUGGGAUCAUCGAGUGAAUCUCAUUGGUGAAAAAGUUCUUAAUCCAAUGAUACAUUGUUGUGAUAAAUGUAUGAAACCGAUCCUGAUAUAUGGAAGAAUGAUUCCUUGUAAACAUGUGUUCUGCUUAUCAUGCGCAAAGAGAGAAGACAAAGUGUGUCCUCGUUGUUUAGAGAAGGUUACAAGGGCGGAACAGACCGGACUUGGUACUGUGUUUAUGUGUACACAUGGAGGGACAAGAUACGGAAACACUGGAUGCAGACGGACGUAUUUGUCACAGCGAGACUUGCAGGCUCACAUUAAUCAUCGUCACACAGCCGUGCCAGUCCAGUCCAUAGGAGACAAUACUCAGUUCCCUCUUGUAGUUACAGGAGGGAACACCAAACCUCAAACUCAACAGGAUGCUAUGAUGGUUGAGACCUCGUCUACAAACAAAAUGGUUGCGCCAAAUCCUCAGCGAAUGAAGCAGCCUCAUAUGGUUCCACAGCCAUCAGUAGGUGAUCCAAGACUUCAACAUGCUACUAUCGUUCCCAUAUCAAAUACAGGCACUGUCUUAGAUCAUCAUCGCCGUGGCCCUCCACAGCCUUCUCCUCCGCCGCCACCACCACCUCCUUUUAACCCCCACCAUCGUCCUUCCGCGAUGAUCGUAUCGGGAUACCCCACCCAACAGCAGACCCCUCAGUCAAAUCCCCCUCCAAAUAUGAGAACAAAUUUAAUAACUGUUCCGAUACAAGACAACAGCACUAGCGUGAUGGUGGAUCAUCCUCCGCCGCCACAUCCAUCUGCAGGGUACCAUCAUUAUCCCCAGGCUCCUCCGCCACAGUAUACACCAUAUGCAGUUCCUCCACCGGUUGUGGGUCCAUCACAACCGCAGGCAGGAUACUAUCAGGCUCCACCAGGUACUGUCGUUGCAUAUCAGAGUGCACAAGUACCGCAGUAUGCAACCCAGGGUGUUCCUCCUAAUCCCACUGCUCCAGUUCGAGCACCACAGUAUCAGGAUCCUGUAGGACAACAAUAUGGGGCUCCACCACCACAACAGUGGCAGCAUGGACCUAACAAUCCACCUUUCUAUAGGUAGACAUAGUCUAAACAAGCAUAAUGUUAGAAGACGCAUACUGCGUGUUAUUUAUAGUGAAUAAUAUUCUUCAUAUAUUGAUUUAAAAAUAUGUAUGUCAGCCAUGAAAGAAGUAAUUAAGAAGGCAAAAUAAUUUUGUUUUUAACACUUAUACAGUGAUAUGUAAAGACAAUAAGGGCCCAGCAGUAUUGAAGUAAAAUGCUUAUUAUGAAUAAUUUAACAUCAGUGCCCUAAAACAAAAUAAAAAUAACUAAACUUCGUAUGAUGAUAAUUGACAUACUUUAA